AUGUUUCUUAAUCAAAUAGAUCGAUGUGAUCGAUCUGCUUUCUUGACUGAAUUUUUAUCAGAUGAAAAACGGGGAGAAUUAGAAAAGUGUUUUUUAGUAAAAUCAAUUUCAGUCAUUAAUGAAUGGAUUUGUCGUGAGUAUGCUCGUCAAAUUAGACGGAAAGAAGUUCCGCCUAGACCUCUAGCAAAGGGUUUAGAAGUUUGCGCUAUCCCUGAUGAAUUAAAAAGACUUAAUUAUCUUGAGAAAUUGUUAGUUGCUAUGGUAAUUCCUUUCAUGUAUAUCGUUGAUCUAUUACCUUACAAGCAACGUGGUACUCAUGGUCCACUUCAGUGUAUGCCUGCUAAUGUUCAUGAAACAGUAACAGCUCUUCCUCGUUCGGUUGAUAAAUCAGUGAUAAUUCCGCUUGAAUUAAAAAGAAGAAUUCAGUACAUAGCUGUAUGGAAAAAAACAUUUAUUAAUCCAGCGCAUACUAGAGACGCUUUAGAAUGUCUUAAAAAUAUGAAUGACAAUUAUAAAGAGAUAGAAAUUAAUGAAGUCGAUGAUAAUUAUCUUGCAAAUCAUCCAGUUAUAAUGGCUAGUGCUGAUAACGGUGAGAGUGAAACGAUAGAUGAUAGAACUGAAAGUGCAGUUAACGAUGUUGUUGACGAAGCAAUGCAGACAGAUAAUAACAAUGAUUAUAAUGUUGUUGACACACUAACUGUAGCCGAUGAUGUUGGUGAAAGAAACGAUGAUGAUGAUAGUGUUCAAGAAAAUGCUGCUGAUGGUGAGGCAGGAGCUUUAGAAAGUGGUAGUGACAAUAAUUCAGAUAGUGAAAUAGGAGUAGAAGAUACAGACGAUCCUCGAAGUAAAUUUAAUUUUAGUACACAUUCAUGUUUACAAUCUACGAAUUUAGAAAAUUAUGUUUUAGAUCAAAAGAUAGUUAGUCUAGCGCCAGCAGAACAGAAUAAACCGUUGUCUUUGUUGAAAGAUCUUAUUGUUGAGGCUUUAGCAUUUCCCCAUAUCUUUCCAGAUGGUCAAGGUACAUGUAACAAUCCGCGAGAGAAAAGUCUAUCAUAUUCUUUAUAUUAUAAUACGCGACUUUUCAGUGCUGAUCCACGUUUCGCAGAGGAUGUUACAUAUGUUUUUUUUCUUCAAUAUCUUAACGAUUUAAAAAAAGCGUACUCGAGUGUAUCUAUUGCUUUAAGAAAAUAA